AUGAACUAUCCUUCGCCACGAACACCGGGAUCAACACCACUCCGCGACUGGGAAUACUCUCGGAUGACUCCGGCACCUACUCCGUCUCGGCCGAUGUGGUUCGACACGUCGACGCCACGGCGGCCGGCCACGCGAGCAGCUCACACGCGAUCCUCCAGCUACUCGCAGCACGCUGUCCUCACUCCCCGAACACACAUGGAGUCCCCCAGAUACAAUAGUUAUGGGGAUUAUUGUACAGUAGAUGUGAGUGCUACAGAUUUUUCGUCGUCGCGCCGCCACACGGCACCAUACCAAGCUCCCCCCAGGCGCCAUCGUCACUCGUAUACCUAUGUGCGGGCUUCCACUCCCUAUGGAGAAUCCGACGAGGACGAGAUCAUCGAGAUUUUGGGAGAAGGCACUUACGUGCUCCCGGGCGAGCCGCGGGCCUGGAGUCGCCGCGCUCCGAACUUGUCGAAGCACCACGGGGGAUGGUACACUAAUGAGGGGGUCCGUCCGCAGAGCUCUUAUCAUGUCGAUCCUGCAUAUGCGCGUGCUUCACCUUACACAUCCCCGCAGCCCCAACCACCCCAAGCCCGUCCACCAACCAGCCAUGGCCAUUCUCGCCGCUCGUCGGCUUCGGUGCCCCAGCGGUCGUCUACGGUCCGUCCGGCGGCAAGCGGCCAGCGAUCAAAGCCGCCGCCGUCCACGCCCAAGGCGACCGAGGCCGACGCUCGCCGACACCGCAUUCCCCAAGGCUACUCACUGAAGAACUGGGACCCGGAAGAGCAGCCCAUUCUUCUCUUGGGAAGCGUCUUUGAUGCAAACAGUCUAGGCAAAUGGAUCUACGACUGGACUGUCUAUCACGAGGGCCCAGACAAGCCCAUCGCCGACAUGGCGGGUGACUUGUGGCUGCUCCUCAUCAAGUUGUACGGCAAGAUUAAGCGCGCUGAAGAAAUUGUCGGCCAAGUCCGCAGCGUCGAGAGUAGAGAAAUCUUGAACGACUUCAUCGACGCAGGUGAGCGUCUCACAGACAAGUUGCGAGCCCUCCUCAAGGCCUGCGAGUCACCGAUGCUCAAGGCCGCAAAAAAGAAGGGCUCCGGGCUUGGGAAGAACUCGGGUGUCGAGUUCGUGGUCACCUUGUUUGGCCGAGAUCGAGAGUUGGCCAAGACUGAAAAGUUGAUGCAGGGCAUUAGACUAUUCAAUCUCCGAUUCGACGCCAAUUGCCAGGACAUUAUCGACACUCCUACCCUCUAG